ACCCAACAACAAAAAAUAUCACCGACCCACCGAGUGUACCGGAUUUUAUUGGUGCAAGCAGUAAAUUUAAGACGUGUAAUUGGGGGAAAUUCAUAAAAAUGGCUUCGUUGAAGGGGGUUGAUCCUGAACUUCGAAAAUAUCUAAAAAAACACAAGAUUCCAGAUAUAUUUGAGUCUGUUAUUUCAAGUAUCGCUGUUUUGACACCUGAUGAUCCAUAUGAGUUCAUAAUAUGCAAAUUAAAAGAACUGAUGGUGAUGAAAACGGAGACAGUUCACGGAUUGGAGGCUUUGAAAUGGGAUCAUCUAAUUCCAGAUUCUCACAAGCCUAAUAAGCAGUUAAUCUCCGGAAUUUUUAUCGAUUCUAUUCUAGUAAUCGAUGAUGAACAUUUACAGCCGUGGGAAUGCAGGGUAAUUACUUUUCCAUUUAUACUGCCGUGAAUUUUCACCUGCUUGUUGGUUGUAAUUUUCAAGUGUUUUGUGUCCCCACUCACUUUGUCGAUUUACUCCUACACACUAGUCUGCACGUGUAUGUAUGUGUGUGUGUCAUGUCUUAUCAUUUAUCAUAGGUCAGGUUAUUUUAUUCACUCAUGAACUUGUGUAUUCAACGAUAUUUCUCAUUGCACAGUUAUUGUAAGCUCUAUUCUUUCGAUCAAUAGG